AUGUCAGGUGUCGGGGAAAUUUUGAAAGCAGUUGGUGAUUUUGGGCGACUCCAGAAAUGCCUGGUGCUGCUCUCCGUGAUCCCCUGCCUCAGUGUGGCUUUCCACCAGUUUUGCCAGCUUUUCAUGGUGCCAUACGUGCCUCACCACUGUGACACCAGCUGGAUCCGCGCCGUCGGCCCCAACCUGACGGAGGAAGAGCAGCUGAACCUCACCCUGCCCCGCGGCGCCGACGGGCAGUUUGAGCAGUGCUCCAUGUUCUCCCCGGUGGACUGGGACCUGGAUGCCAUCCUGGCCUAUGGACUGAACCACACGCAGAAGUGCAGCAGUGGCUGGGUGUACCCCUCAGAGCAGCCACCGUCCCUGCUGACCGAGUUUGACCUGGUGUGUGACAGGAAGGACCUCAAUGACAUUGCCCAGGCCAUCUACAUGGCAGGGCUGCUCCUGGGAUCCAUGAUCUUUGGGCCUCUGAGUGACAGGAUCGGCCGCCGCCCGGUCAUUCUGAUCUCCGUCUUCCUCCAGGGCUUGUUUGGCCUGGGAAUUGCCUUUGUGCCCCAUUUCUAUGUGUACAUAGCCUUCAGGUGUGUGGUGGGGGCCUCCGUGUCAGGGAUCACCAUGACAAUACUGGCCUUAGCUACAGAAUGGAUCGGUGUCUCCUCCCGGCCAAAGGCAGUGCUCACCUCUCACUGCUGUUUCGCCAUGGGGCAGAUGAUUUUGGCUGGUUUGAGUUACGGGAUUCGCAACUGGAGGCUGCUGCAAAUUGCAGGAUCUGUUCCUAUAUUUGCCUUUUUCUUCUGGAUCGGGGUGAUCCCAGAGUCAGCUCGCUGGCUGGUGACCAAGGGCAGAAUCGAGGAGGCCAAGAAGCUCCUGCAGAAGGCGGCAGCCACCAACAAGCGCAGCCUCCCAGCAGAGCUCCUGCAGCAGUUGAAGCCUGAGAAAGUGGUCAAGUCUGGAAGUUUCCUGGAUCUCUUCCGGAAGAAGCACCUGCAGAAGGUGACUUUAAUCAUGUCAUCUGCCUGGUUUGUGAACAGCUUUGUCUACUACGGGCUGAGUCUGAACGUGACAAAUUUUGGCCUGGACAUCUACCUGACUCAGCUGGCCUUUGGAGCAGUGGAAAUCCCAGCCCGUGUUGGUUGUAUCUUCAUUCUGCAGAGGUUCGGGAGGAGGAAAACGCAGGCCGUUCUCCUGGUGCUGAGUGGCCUGGUGUGUCUGAUCAUCACUGGCAUCCCUGAAGACCAGCCCGUGGCAACCACCGUCCUGGCCACCAUUGGCAAGUUUGCUGCCUCAGCCUCCUUCUCCACCUCCUACGUCUACGCUGCCGAGCUCUUCCCCACGGUCGUCAGGCAGACGGGCGUGGGGCUGUGCUCCAUGGCGGCGCGGGUGGCCGGGAUCCUGGCCCCGCUGGUCCGUCUGCUGGGCCAGUACCACCGGGCCAUCCCCAUGGCCAUCUUCGGCAGCGCCCCCGUGCUGGGCGGGCUGCUCUGCGUCCUGCUGCCCGAGACCUGCGGCACCGAGCUGGCAGAUGACACAGGGGACGGCCACCCCCCGGCUGAGGUCCCCGAAAAUGCCACCAGCAGCUCUCAGAAUGGGCAGGUGAAAGGGAAAGAUGGUGGCCAAGACAAUGAGAGCACGAAGACCACGUACUUCUAG